GCGGUUUUGUCGUUCGCGUUUAUUGUUGGGAGAUCGGGGUGGCCCCCGAGUGUUUAAAUACCGGAAACCGCUCUGGUAUUUUAAAGCUCUGAGAAGGAAGGAGUGAAGGAAGGUGGUGGUCCGAUUUCAUGGCUUGCUGGUAAACAACGCAAGACGGUAGUUGAAGUUGCGCUGUUUUUAUUAUUUUUAUUGAUUGUUUGGGUUGCGUAUUGUUUUUGUUUUUGGAUCGGUUGAAGGUUAGUGCGAUGUUUGCAUCAGAGGAAAGCGGUAUUUUGCGUGCAGACAACGGCUGGUGGCCCAUUUUUACAGAGGCCGCGUAUUGGGGUGCGUGGAGAAUGAUCUUCACACAGGCGGUGCGUCGGCGGUUCGAGCCCCGGGAACAGCGAUUUUAGUUUGUAAGCGGCGUGGUCGUUCGGGAGGAGGAAAUGGCGAAGAUUUUGGGCGGAACGCUCCGGAGGAAUAAGCCCUGCGUUUUUGCUGAAGGUCUUGGCAAGCAGAGGUUUUUCAGGCAUGGGAGAAGUGAGAGAGGGCAGCAGUGGAUGUGUUACAGAUAUAUGGGAUUGAGUGCCUGGAUUUUUCUUUCGCUUUAUGUUUGCAGCUCUUUAUUUACCUUCGAUUGGAAGCCCGAGAAGGUUCGAGGUUUUGGACAUGAGAUUCGGAGGUCUGUGGUUCGACCCCGGGGGCUCGCGUCUAGUGUUGUGGUGGAAGAGAGCUUUAGCCCUGGCCGCCUCAACAAAAAUGUCUUCUCUGAUGCGUCUGGAUUGUCGAGUGAUCUGAAGAUUUAUGUGUAUAAUCUUCCUUCCAAGUAUAAUGAAGACUGGCUUGUGGACAGCCGAUGCAGCAGCCAUUUGUUUGCUGCUGAGGUUGCUAUACAUCGUGCUUUGUUGGAAAGUUCUGUGCGGGUUUUCGAUCCCGAAGAAGCUGAUUUUUUCUUUGUUCCAGUCUACGUUUCCUGCAAUUUUAGCACCAGUAAUGGAUUCCCUUCUCUAGGGCAUGCCCGCCCCUUGCUUUCUUCUGCGGUGGAAUAUAUUUCAAAUAUUAUGCCUUACUGGAAUCGCAGCGGAGGGGUCGAUCAUGUCUUUGCAGCCACUCAUGAUCAUGGAGCCUGCUUUCAUGCAAUGGAGGAUGUUGCCGUCAGUGAUGGAAUACCUUCAUUUUUGCAGAGGUCUAUAAUCUUGCAGACGUUUGGUGUAAAGGGCAAACAUACAUGCCAGGAUGUGGAGCACGUACAGAUUCCUCCCUAUGUGUCUCCCAAAUCCAUUCAAGCUGCUCUCGGAUCCGUGACUCCUCAGAAUCAGAAGCGUGAUAUUUGGGUGUUCUUCAGAGGAAAAAUGGAGAUUCAUCCCAAGAAUAUCAGCGGCCGCAUAUACAGCAAGGGAGUGAGAACAGCAAUAUGGCAGAAGUUUGGGCACAAUCGAAAAUUCUACAUUAAGCGUAAGAGGUUUCAAGACUACCAGUCCGAAAUAGUCCGUUCAGUGUUCUGCCUAUGCCCAUUGGGGUGGGCCCCAUGGAGUCCACGUAUUGUCGAAUCAGUUGCCUUGGGCUGUGUCCCCGUCAUCAUUGCGGACAAUAUCUCCCUUCCUUAUUCAGACGUAAUACCAUGGCACAACAUCUCACUCACUGUACCAGAGCGUGACGUGGCAAAGCUGGGUAAGCUUCUCGAAAAGGUCGCCGCCACCAACCUGACAACCAUUCAGCGAAAUCUGUGGAAGGAGACCAAUAGUCAGGCUUUGCUCUUCACAGAUCCCAUCCAGCAAGGCGAUGCUACGUGGCAGUUACUCGAGGCCUUGACACGUAAGCUGGGCAGGUCACACAGGAACCGUACAUUGUCAGCCCUGUGAACAAAUUGAUCGACACGUCAGCAGGACCGUAUGAUUAUUCAUUUAUUUAUUUUUUUGUGUGCUUUACAGAUGAGCCAGAGACAUAAUGCAGAGCCGAAUAUGAGUACGGUACUUACAGGCUGCAGGCAGCCAUACAUAUUACCCGCUGUUGUAUGUCAGACAAUAAUACAUUGUAGUCUGCUGUAUUAAGACGUGGCGCAUGGCUAUUGGUUUUUCCAUCGGCAAGCCGACAGAGUGGCCUAUGAGUACUAUUUUUUAUUGAUUUGCGUGGGUCCCAUUUCGUGGAAGUUUUCGGCGGUCUGAAUUGACCAAAAGGCAUGUCACAUGCCUGGGGGCAGAAGGCCACGCUGGAUGACUGCCCGUGGUCCCGCGCUCUUCUGCCACGUGGAUUACACUGUUAAGCUGAACGUUUUUAAUGUAAAGGCGAACGAUUUUGUUGUACUCAGAAUUGAGACAGUCCGUUCUUGUUA